GUUAGAUAGAUAGAGAAAGAGCGAGGGAGAGAGAGAGAGAGACAAAGAGCGAGGGUGAGAGAGAAGCAGCGUCGUCGUCCCGGCAUGCAUCAGUCCCAUCAUGGCAGUAAACUAAAUAAAAAAGAAACGAAACCAUGAACGACACCAAGUUUCUGUUUAAGAAAAGAUCGAAGAAACGAAAUUUCUCCGAAAAGGAGGUGUCGAUCCUAACUCAUGAAUACGAAAAACACAUGAUAAUCCUCAACUCGAAACUGACCAAUUCCAUUACGAACCAGAAGAAGCAGAGGAUCUGGGAGCGCAUUACCGAUGCUAUUAAUGCCGUUGGUGUCAACAGACGUCGUGUGAGCGAAGUGAAGGAGAAAUGGAGAAAUAUGCAGAGGAAAGCGAGGCGAAUGUUCGCCGAAAGAAAGAUCAACCUUCGAACUUUCGAAGAACUGGACAAUCUGAACAUCGCUACGACCAGUCCGUCGUCUUUGAUUAAUGGUAACCGGGUGGUUAGGUUAGCAGCUAUCGGUCCGGACAAACAACAACAUGUACAACAGCAACAACAACAGCAACCACAACAACAACCACCACCGCCGCCAUCGUUGCUCGAUGUUCAAUUGGAACCUUUGGGUGGCGGCGGCGGCGGCGGUGUUGUGAUCACCGCCGCCGAUGGCAUCGAUCCCACUGCUACUGUUACACAGGUGACCACUGAUGGAAGCGAUCCCGGGUACUCGAUCGCCGCUGGCUCCACCACUGUAACUACUACGGUAAACGGUAACAACAGCAAUAUUAACAUCAACAGUAUUAAAAAUAAUAAUACGAACAGUAAUCACGUCCCAAAUAACAAUAACACACUUGUCAGUAAUGCGACUGUUGUUACCAAUUCCCUCAUUAAUGGGGACAGUCUCGUGAACGACCCUGGCGUUGGAGAAGACCUUACAAUCGUUAUAAAAGAAGAAAUUCCAGAUCCUGUUUUAAAAGAUGAACCAUUAUUGACCAAUGAAAUCCAGAAUGAACCAGUUGAAAGAGUUUUAACAGAUGGAGCCAAUACCGAAAUAUUACCAGACUCUGUUACCUGCAAUGCGGCUUCCAUUGCUGACAACAACUACAACAAUUACAAUUCUCAUAAAUUUACCAUUAAUCUCACAGACAACAAUGCUGGCACCACCACUCACACACCAGCGCGGACACCAUCCAGGUCACAGCGACCUUUCACCUCUUUCAACUCAUCUAAAUUACGUCCAUUAACCGGUAUGUCGCUGUCAACAAAAAGGAUGUACUCUUCACCAUUGUCAUCAACUCGGCCAUUUUCUCGCAACAGAUCUGUUCGUAACUUUCUGCUAAAGUCCUCCAACAGUGCCAUUCCCACAUCAAUGAUAUCCCCAAAUGCUUCGUCAAACUCCUCGUUACCGUCUCGCACUCUUAACUCUUACCGUUCCUUCCCAGUUUCCUCCGCGUCCCUGACGUCGUCGCCCCUCAACCAGGAGCCUUCACUGGCUGCCACACUUCCUCAUUCAGCUAAAUCUUCCCACCAAAGUUCCAUGAACUCAGCAGCCACCGUGACGCAAGGAGACCUUUUACAGCUCCAGUACGAAGUGCUGUUAGCAGACAAGAAGCGGAUCCAGACACAGACUCGAUACUACGAGAUGAAGAUGAAACGAAUAGAGUUUGAACUCUCAGGGCAAUCAAAUACAUUUUUUUAAUCAUUCAUUUCUUUUUUUUUUUUUUUUCCAUUUCUGUUAUUUCAAUAUUCUUGAGUGGCUGUGGUUAGCUCUGUUUCAAAAACACCCAAGAGACAAUGGUAACUUCUCAAGAGCAAGGUACGACACACAAGUCUGAUGAUCCAACAGUCUAGACAUGCAGAGAUCAGGCAUCGUCUAGAUUAUUGGUUACCAUCAAGCAUAUCUAUUUCACUGGGACACCAUUCUUUGAUCAGCACUUUAUCAAAAGCUGCGUUGUCUUGACUGUGGUGCCAGGCAUUCUUCAGAAAUAGUCACACCAAAAUACGUGAUUCACCAACUUAAAAGACAGAAAGAUUAAAAAGUUUGUUGAAAGAGAUUUGACUCUUACAUUCAGCAGAUAUAUUGGAGGCAGUCUCUGUGUAGUUUACUUGAUAUGCUAGAAAUAGCAGCUAAAUCUUCUACACGUUACGUACCAUAAUUUAAAGAAAGAGCACAUUGGAUAAUGUAGUCCUAGACACACAAUGUUAAAAAGAAAAAAUACAGGAUGGUCAUAUCUGAAAUGCCUUUGAUCAUAGAUCUAAUCAAUCAGUCAGGACUGACCUAGGGCUAAACAAUAAUUAUAUGAAUGUUCUCUGAUUUGCAUGGUCUACAUUGUAAAGACACAAGGAUUUGUUUCCUUUCCCUUUAUUGAGCAGCUUUAGUCACCACAGUGAAGCUCCGACACAGACUCGUCAGUUUGAAAAUUAAAAGUGAAAUUUAAAAGAAAAAAAAGGCUAUUUUAAUGUAAAUAUAUAUAUAUAUUUAUAAAAGAGAGAGAGAGAGACUGUUGUGACUUUAUAUAAUAUGAAUCAAAACUGUUGUUGGGGAGGAGGAGGAGGAGGAGAAAAAUAUAAAGUUGAAAAAUCUUGUAAAAAUAAAUAAAUACAUAUUUUUAUUAUAA